AUGGCAACUGGUAGCGGAAAAACUUUAAUGAUGGCCGGAUUAAUUUUGUAUUUAUAUCAAAAGGGAUAUCGUAAUUUUCUCUUUUUUGUUAAUAGCACUAAUAUUAUUGAUAAAACCAGAGAUAAUUUUUUGAACGACACUUCAAUUAAAUACCUUUUUAAUAAAUCUAUCUCUUUCGAAAGUAAGAAAAUAAUUCUCCAAGAAGUAAGCAAUUUUCAAAAUACUGAUAAUGAUAAUAUUAAUAUCGUUUUUUCUACCAUUCAAGGACUUCAUUCUCGUUUAAAUACUCCUCGUGAAAAUAGUAUAACUUAUGAGGAUUUUCAAGAACAAAAAAUUGUUCUUAUUUCUGAUGAAGCCCAUCAUAUUAAUUUUCGCCGUGAUGGUUAUUCCAAAGAAGUAAAAGUAUUACAAACGGAUGCUGAACCUUUUGAACGAGCCUUACAAGCA